UUACAGGGACUCAUGGAUCCAGAAUCUGGGAACAACAAGACAGCUGUUGCUGAGUUCAUUCUAUUGGGCUUGGUACAAAGUGAAAAGCUGCAGUCUGUGGUCUUGGUGCUCUUCCUUUUUGUCUACCUGGUCACAGUUGGGGGCAACCUCAGUAUUCUGACAGCCACCUUGGUGGAACCCAAACUCCACACCCCCAUGUACUUCUUCCUGGGGAAUCUAUCAGUGCUGGAUGUUGGGUGCAUCACCGUCACUGUUCCCUCAAUGUUGGGUCGUCUCUUGUCCCACAAGCGUACAGUUUCCUAUGGAGCCUGCCUCACACAGCUCUUCUUCUUCCACCUCCUGGCUGGAAUGGACUGCUUCCUGUUGACAGCCAUGGCCUAUGAUCGAUUCCUGGCCAUCUGCCGGCCCCUCACCUAUAGCACCCGCAUGAACCAGGCAGUCCAGUGGAUAUUGGUGGCUGUGUCCUGGGCCUGUGCCUUCAUCAAUGCACUGACCCACACUAUUGCCCUAACUACUCUCAAAUUCUGUGGUCCUAAUGAGGUCAAUCACUUCUAUUGUGACCUCCCACAGCUCUUCCAGCUCUCCUGCUCCAGCACUCAACUCAAUGAGCUGCUGCUCUUUGCCGCAUGUUUCAUAAUGGCGGGUGUAGCUAUGGUUCUCAUCAUCACCUCCUACAUCCACGUGGCAGCUGUAGUUCUUCAGAUCCAUUCAGUGGAGGGUAAGAAGAAGGCCUUCUCCACGUGUGGCUCCCACCUCACUGUGGUUUGCCUCUUUUACGGGACAGGUAUCUUCAACUACAUGCGUUUGGGUUCAGUAGAAGCUUCAGACAAGGAUAAAGGGGUUGGUGUUUUCAAUACAGUUAUCAAUCCCAUGCUGAACCCAUUAAUCUAUAGCCUUAGAAACCCUGAUGUUCAGGGUGCCUUGUGGCGGGUACUUGUGGGGAGGGAGUCACUGACCUGA